UAGAGAAAGUAAGAAGACAUGUAACCAGUCAAGGUGAUAAAUGCUGUUUUUUCUCAGAGCACCAAAGCCAUGACCCUAUGAGUGGAAAGCCAGGCAGAAGCCGGCAAGGAAAACAACAUCCACAUUGUGUUUGUUGAGUGGAAGCCGGCAUCAUGGUCAGGGUCACAGCUUGUUUGCUAGACCUCUGACUUGGUAGCCAGGCAGCUGGCCACCCUCAGGCAGGUACUGCACAGGAUAGAGGGGGUGUGGCUGUGCGGUUCCCGGCACUGCUGCCAGACGCCGCCCAGCGGUUCCUUCCUGAUCAUCACCCACCAUCUCUUCUCUCCAGCCAGCUUCCUGUCGGCUGCCUGCCAAAUAAGGAAUUUAAUGAGGACGGAUGUGUGUUCUGUGUAUGUAGUUUGGAACAAAAGUUAUGAGGGUGUAUAAAAAAUGUUCCUUGAAAACUUUAAAAUCUGUAAGAGUUUGGAAGCAAAGGAUGAGACCUACAAUUUGCAUAGGUAUUCAUUCUUAGGUAUUCAUUCUUAAGUAGCGAGUGGUGUUUGUUGUGUGGCACUGCAUCAAUAAAACAGAAAUUUCUCCCAGCAACCAUUGCCCCGCUGUCCUGUGUCUGCCAGAGCAGGGAAACGGCCACACCUGCUCCAUUCCCCUAAUGAAUUUUUGCAUCUCUCCUCCCCUGUGCUAUUCAGUGUUGAAAGGAGGGGCCACUUAGUAAUUCUACACCUGUUAAGUCCACGCCUAUCAACUCCUUGAGCUUCCCAAACAAGUGUGUGGCAAAGCAUGAGGACGUCUGAACCUGGGUGGAGAUGACCCUGGCCGCUGCUGGCUGUGGCUUUGCGGGGUUUUGUUAAGCGUCCCUAAUGUGCGUCCUGCAAUGGCAGUUGAUGACAGCAAUUUAUAUUCCAGAACGAAGAACAAGCUGCAGUCAGCUCAAAAUGAUUACAAGUCAUCAAGACGGAGUAGUCUCCCACCUGAACUACUACUAGGGCACGAUGCUAGAGGAAGACUUCAAAGAAACAUUAAAAACUUGGAACCCAUUCACCUGAGGCGCCCGAAAAAGAGACCAUCCAUAUUUCCAGCUUCUCCUGUUGGCAACGGUUAUAUCAAGCCUCCAGUUCCACCUGUGUCUGGCACACAAAGGGAGAAAGGGCCACCAACCAUGUUACCCAUUAGUGUGGACCCAGACAGCAAACCAGGGGAAUAUGUCCUCAAGAGUUUAUUUGUCAACUUCACCACUCAGGCUGAGCGCAAGAUUCGCAUCAUCAUGGCAGAACCCCUGGAAAAGCCAUUGACGAAAUCCCUACAACGUGGAGAAGACCCCCAGUUUGAUCAAGUCAUCAGCUCAAUGAGCUCCCUCUCUGAGUAUUGCCUACCUUCCAUUCUGCGCACAUUGUUUGACUGGUAUAAAAGGCAAAACGGCAUCGAAGAUGAGUCACAUGAAUACAGACCGAGAACAAGCAAUAAAUCAAAAAGUGAUGAACAGCAACGAGAUUAUUUAAUGGAAAGACGGGACCUCGCCAUUGAUUUUAUUUUUUCUUUAGUAUUAAUAGAAGUUUUGAAACAGAUUCCACUUCAUCCUGUAUUAGACACUUUAAUACAUGACGUUAUUAACUUGGCUUUCAAGCACUUUAAAUACAAAGAAGGGUACCUCGGCCCAAACACUGGCAACAUGCACAUUGUGGCGGACCUGUAUGCAGAAGUCGUUGGAGUGCUGGCACAGGCUAAAUUCCAUGCUGUGAAGAAGAAAUUUAUGGCGGAGCUCAAAGAAUUACGGCACAAGGAGCAGAGCCCAUAUGUUGUUCAAAGCAUCAUCAGCUUGAUAAUGGGGAUGAAAUUCUUUCGGAUUAAGAUGUAUCCAGUGGAGGACUUCGAGGCAUCACUUCAGUUUAUGCAGGAAUGUGCACAUUAUUUCCUGGAGGUCAAAGACAAAGACAUCAAGCAUGCCCUGGCUGGACUUUUUGUUGAAAUUCUUGUUCCAGUUGCUGCUGCUGUUAAAAAUGAAGUCAACGUUCCCUGCCUUAGAAACUUUGUUGAAAGUCUGUAUGAUACCACUCUGGAGCUUUCUUCUCGAAAGAAGCAUUCCUUGGCCUUGUACCCCCUGGUGACCUGUCUGCUCUGUGUCAGUCAGAAGCAGCUGUUCCUGAACAGGUGGCACAUUUUCCUCAACAAUUGCUUAUCCAACCUUAAGAAUAAAGACCCCAAGAUGGCUCGAGUUGCACUGGAAUCUCUGUACAGAUUACUUUGGGUUUACAUGAUUCGGAUUAAAUGUGAAAGCAACACAGCUACUCAGAGCCGUCUUAUAACCAUCAUCACAACACUUUUCCCCAAAGGGUCCCGCGGUGUGGUGCCUAGGGACAUGCCUCUGAACAUCUUUGUGAAAAUCAUUCAGUUCAUUGCCCAGGAGCGGUUAGAUUUUGCAAUGAAAGAAAUCAUUUUUGAUUUUCUUUGUGUGGGAAAGCCAGCAAAAGCUUUCAGUCUCAACCCAGAGAGAAUGAACAUCGGUCUGCGGGCGUUCUUGGUCAUAGCAGACAGCUUGCAGCAGAAGGAUGGUGAGCCACCCAUGCCUGUGACCGGCGCUGUCCUCCCAUCAGGAAACACGUUGAGAGUGAAGAAAACAUAUUUGAGUAAAACGCUCACUGAAGAAGAGGCCAGAAUGAUAGGCAUGUCCUUAUAUUACUCUCAAGUACGAAAAGCUGUGGACAACAUUUUAAGGCACCUUGAUAAAGAAGUAGGAAGAUGUAUGAUGCUAACUAAUGUACAGAUGUUAAACAAAGAACCUGAGGACAUGAUCACGGGUGAGAGAAAGCCCAAAAUAGACCUUUUCAGGACAUGUGUUGCUGCUAUUCCCCGACUGCUUCCUGAUGGGAUGUCAAAACUUGAACUCAUUGACUUGCUGGCUAGGCUCUCUAUUCACAUGGAUGAUGAACUGCGUCAUAUUGCACAAAAUUCUCUCCAGGGUUUGCUGGUUGACUUUCCAGACUGGAGGGAAGAUGUCCUGUUUGGCUUCACCACCUUCCUGCUGCGGGAAGUAAAUGACAUGCAUCACAGCCUCCUGGACUCCUCCCUGAAGCUACUGCUCCAGCUGCUCACCCAGUGGAAGCUGGUCAUUCAAACUCAAGGAAAAGUAUAUGAGCAAGCCAACAAAAUCAGAAAUGCAGAGUUGAUUGCAAAUGGCUCCAGCCACCGCAUGCAGUCGGAACGAGGUCCCCAUUGCAGUGUCCUUCAUGCUGUGGAAGGCUUUGCUCUGGUUUUGCUCUGCAGUUUCCAGGUGGCCACACGCAAACUAUCUGUUUUAAUACUCAAGGAGAUCCGCACCUUAUUUCUUGCCCUGGGUCAGCCUGAGGAUGACGACCGGCCUAUGAUUGAUGUCAUGGAUCAGCUAAGUCCUUCUGUUCUCGAAAGUUUCGUUCACGUGGCAGUUUCAGAAUCGGCCACCUUACCACUGACCCACAGCGUAGAUCUUCAGUGGUUGGUGGAGUGGAAUGCAGUCCUGGUCAACAGCCAUUACGAUGUGAAGAGUCCGUCCCAUGUUUGGAUAUUUGCUCAGUCUGUCAAAGACCCCUGGGUCCUCUGCCUGUUCAGUUUCCUGCGGCAGGAGAACUUGCCCAAGCACUGCCCCACAGCCCUCAGCUACGCCUGGCCCUAUGCCUUCACUCGGCUCCAGUCAGUCAUGCCUCUGGUGGACCCCAAUAGCCCAAUUAAUGCCAAGAAAACCAGCACUGCUGGCAGUGGAGACAACUGUGUUACCUUGUGGAGAAAUUACCUUAUUCUUUGCUUUGGAGUUGCAAAGCCCAGUAUCAUGAGCCCAGGACACUUAAGAGCUUCGACUCCAGAAAUAAUGGCAACCACACCUGAUGGUACAGUGAGCUACGAUAACAAGACCACAGGCACCCCGUCAGUGGGUGUGCUGUUAAAGCAGUUGGUGCCUUUGAUGAGACUAGAGGGCAUUGAGAUCACAGAGUCCUUAGUUUUAGGAUUUGGAAGAACAAAUUCCCUGGUUUUCAGAGAAUUGGUAGAAGAACUUCAUCCAUUAAUGAAAGAAGCUCUGGAACGAAGACCAGAGAACAAGAAACGCCGAGAACGCCGGGACUUAUUAAGACUACAGUUACUUCGAAUUUUUGAACUUCUGGCUGAUGCUGGCGUAAUAAGUGACAGUACAAAUGGAGCCUUAGAACGGGAUACGUUAGCCCUUGGAGCUUUGUUCUUAGAAUACGUGGACCUGACCCGUAUGCUGCUAGAAGCUGAAAAUGAUAAAGAAGUUGAAAUUCUUAAAGAUAUCCGGGCACAUUUUAGUGCUAUGGUCGCCAACUUGAUUCAGUGUGUUCCAGUUCACCACCGGAGAUUUCUUUUCCCCCAGCAAAGCCUGAGGCACCAUCUUUUCAUCUUGUUCAGCCAGUGGGCAGGGCCCUUCAGCAUUAUGUUCACACCUCUGGAUAGGUACAGUGACAGGAACCAUCAGAUCACAAGAUACCAGUAUUGUGCCUUAAAGGCAAUGUCAGCAGUGUUGUGCUGUGGCCCUGUGUUUGACAACGUGGGCCUUUCCCCAGAUGGCUACCUGUAUAAGUGGCUUGACAACAUUCUGGCUUGUCAAGAUUUACGAGUCCAUCAACUUGGCCGUGAAGUUGUCGUCUUGCUCUUGGAACUUAAUCCUGACCAAAUAAAUCUUUUCAAUUGGGCGAUUGACCGAUGCUACACAGGUUCCUACCAACUUGCAUCAGGCUGCUUCAAAGCUAUAGCGACUGUAUGUGGAAGCAGGAACUAUCCCUUCGACACAGUGACAUUGCUAAACCUUGUUCUGUUUAAAGCCUCUGACACCAGCAGAGAGACCUAUGAGAUCUCCAUGCAGCUCAUGCAGGUCCUUGAAACAAAGCUUUUUGUCUACUCAAAGAAAGUAGCUGAACAAAGACCUGGCAGUGUUCUCUGUGGAACCCACGGCCCACUGCCACCCCUCUACAGCAUGUCACUAGCCCUUCUGUCAUGUCAGCUGGCCAGGAUGUACCCCGAGCUCACGCUCCCGCUCUUCUCAGAGGUCAGCCAGCGAUUCCCUACCACACACCCAAACGGGCGUCAGAUCAUGCUCACUUACCUGCUGCCCUGGCUGCGCAACAUCGAGCUGGUGGACAGCAGGCUCCUUCUCCCAGGGUCAAGCCCCAGUAGCCCAGAGGAUGACAGCAAGGACCAGGAAGGAGAAGUGACUACUUCUCAUGGGCUGAAAGGGAAUGGCUGGGGCUCCCCAGAAGCUACUUCUCUGGUCCUGAAUAACCUCAUGUACAUGACUGCCAAGUAUGGGGAUGAAGUUCCUGGACCAGAAAUGGAAAAUGCUUGGAAUGCGCUAGCCAACAACGAGAAGUGGAGUAACAACUUGAGGGUCACCCUGCAGUUCCUGAUCAGCCUGUGUGGAGUCAGCAGUGACACCCUUCUCCUGCCUUAUAUUAAGAAGGUGGUGAUAUAUCUGUGCCGGAACAACACCAUCCAAACCAUGGAGGAGCUGCUCUUUGAGCUGCAGCAGACAGAGCCAGUGAACCCUGUGGUCCAGCACUGUGACAACCCGCCCUUCUACCGUUUCGCCGCCAGUAGCAGGGCUGCCGCAGCAGCCUCUGGAACCACCUCCAGCAGCAACACCGUGGUUGCCGGCCAGGACAGUUUCCCAGAUGCCGACGAAGGCAAGAUCUUGAAAGAGUCUGAUGAGAGGUUUAGUAAUAUCAUCAGAGCCCACACUCGCCUGGAGUCAAGAUACAGCAAUAGCUCUGGAGGGUCAUAUGAUGAGGAUAAAAAUGACCCAAUAUCUCCCUACACAGGCUGGCUGUUAACUAUCACAGAGACCAAACAGCCACAGCCUUUACCGAUGCCUUCUACUGGGGGGUGCUGGGCCCCCCUGGUUGACUACCUCCCAGAGACCAUCACCCCUCGGGGGCCACUCCACAGGUGCAAUAUUGCUGUGAUUUUUAUGACUGAGAUGGUGGUGGAUCACAGUGUAAGAGAAGACUGGGCUCUUCACCUGCCACUAUUACUUCAUGCUGUCUUCUUAGGUUUGGACCAUUACCGUCCUGAAGUCUUUGAACACAGCAAAAAUUUGCUUCUUCACCUCCUGAUUACACUCUCCUGCAAUAGCAAUUUCCACUCCAUCGCCUCUGUGCUGCUGCAGACUCGAGAGAUGGGGGAAACCAAGACUCUAACAGUUCAGCCAGCUUAUCAACCUGAGUAUCUCUACACAGGUGGUUUUGACUUCCUGAGGGAGGACCAGUCAUCACCAGUGCCAGACUCAGGGCUGAGCUCCAGUUCUACCUCCUCCAGCAUCAGUCUGGGAGGCAGCAGCGGGAACCUCCCACAGAUGACCCAAGAGGUAGAAGAUGUGGACACAGCUGCCGAAACAGAUGAGAAGGCCAACAAGCUCAUUGAGUUUCUGACAACCAGGGCAUUUGGUCCACUUUGGUGCCAUGAAGACAUCACACCCAAAAAUCAAAAUUCAAAGAGUGCUGAACAACUCACAAAUUUUCUACGUCAUGUUUUGUCUGUAUUUAAAGAUUCUAAAUCAGGCUUCCGUCUGGAGCAGCACUUGAGUGAGGUCGCAUUGCAGACAGCCCUGGCAAGCUCUUCAAGGCACUAUGCCUGUCGGUCCUUCCAAAUAUUCCGGGCCAUCAAACAACCUCUUUCAGCACAUGCCUUGUCUGACCUUCUCUCAAGAUUGGUGGAAGUGAUUGGGGAACAUGGUGAUGAGAUUCAGGGUUACGUAAUGGAAGCACUCCUGACUUUGGAAGCUGCUGUGGGUAACUUGUCUGACUGCUUGAAGAACAGUGAUCUUCUAACUGUAUUAUCUCGCUCUUCAUCACCAGAUUUAAGCUCUAGCACUAAACUCACAGCAAGCAGAAAAAGCACAGGACAACUAAAUGUGAACCCUGGAACAGCAAGUGGCAACACAGCCACUGCAGAACGGAGCCGUCAUCAAAGAAGCUUCUCUGUGCCCAAGAAGUUUGGUGUUGUCGACCGAUCCUCAGACCCACCUCGGAGUGCCACACUGGACAGAAUCCAGGCUUGUACCCAGCAAGGCCUCUCCUCAAAAACCAGAAGCUCAUCUUCCUUGAAGGACACCCUCACAGACCCUUCACACAUAAACCAUCCCACCAACCUGUUGGCCACCAUCUUUUGGGUCACCGUGGCCUUGAUGGAAUCUGAUUUUGAAUUUGAGUACCUAAUGGCCUUAAGGCUGUUGAACAGACUGCUAGCUCACAUGCCACUUGACAAAGCUGAGAACCGAGAAAAACUUGAGAAACUCCAGGCACAGCUCAAGUGGGCAGACUUCUCAGGGUUACAGCAGCUGCUGCUGAAAGGUUUCACCUCCAUCACCACCACAGACCUCACUCUGCAGCUUUUUAGUUUGCUGACACCAGUGUCCAAAGUGUCCAUGGUGGACUCAUCCCAAGCCAUCGGAUUUCCUCUGAAUGUCCUGUGUCUCCUGCCCCAACUGAUUCAGCACUUUGAGAACCCCAAUCAGUUCUGUAAGGAUGUAGCUGACAGGAUUGCUCAGGUUUGUUUGGAAGAGAAGAACCCCAAACUUUCCAACCUCGCACAUGUCAUGACUCUUUAUAAAACACAUAGCUACACGAGGGACUGUGCCACCUGGGUCAGUGUGGUCUGCCGGUACCUUCAUGAAGCAUAUGCUGACAUCACCUUGAACAUGGUUACCUACCUGGCAGAGCUGCUGGAGAAGGGCCUCCCGAGCAUGCAGCAGCCCCUCCUCCAGGUCAUCUACAGCUUGCUCAGCUACAUGGACCUUUCGGUUGUUCCUGUAAAGCAGUUUAACGUGGAAGUUCUGAAGACCAUCGAGAAAUAUGUGCAAAGUGUUCACUGGAGAGAAGCUUUGAAUAUCUUGAAGCUGGUAGUUUCUCGGUCGGCCAGCCUCGUUUUGCCAUCCUACCAGCACAGUGACCUGUCAAAGAUAGAAAUACAUCGAGUGUGGACCAGUGCUUCUAAGGAAUUGCCUGGGAAAACCCUGGACUUCCACUUCGACAUUUCAGAGACGCCAAUCAUUGGGAGGCGAUAUGAUGAACUGCAGAACUCUUCUGGCCGUGACGGGAAGUCCAGGGCUGUGGCUGUCACCCGGAGCACGUCCUCCACCUCGUCAGGCUCCAACUCCAAUGUCCUUGUUCCUGUAAGCUGGAAGAGGCCCCAGUAUUCUCAGAAGAGGACAAAGGAGAAGUUGGUGCAUGUUCUUUCACUGUGUGGCCAGGAGGUGGGAUUGAGCAAAAACCCAUCAGUGAUUUUUUCCUCGUGCGGGGACUUGGAUCUGCUGGAGCACCAGACGAGUCUGGUCUCCUCUGAGGACGGCGCCCGAGAACAGGAGAACAUGGAUGACACAAACAGUGAGCAGCAGUUCAGAGUCUUUAGAGACUUCGAUUUCCUGGAUGUAGAGCUAGAGGAUGGAGAGGAGCUUCAGGGUGAGAGUAUGGACAACUUCAACUGGGGUGUGCGCAGGCGUUCUUUGGACAGCCUGGACAAGUGUGACAUGCAGCUUCUAGAGGAGAGACAGCUUUCUGGAAGUUCUCCCAGCCUAAGUAAAAUGAACCAUGAGGACUCUGAUGAAUCAUCUGAGGAGGAGGACCUUACAACCAGCCAGAUCCUGGAGCACUCAAACCUCAUUAUGAAUCUCUCCCCUUCUGAGGAGGCCAAUCCUGUGGAAUUGCUCACUUCGGCCUGCGAAAUGACACCAGCUGACCCUCAUUCCUAUAGCACCAGCAUGGCUAGCUUCGACUCUUCUUUGCCCAAUAUGAAUAAUCUUCAGAUUUCUGAGGGUUCCAAGGUUGAAGCUGUCCAGGAGGAGGAGGACACCACUGUACAUGAAGAUGAUCUUUCUAGUUCCAUCAAUGAACUCCCAGCAACUUUCGAAUGCAGCGAUAGCUUUAGUCUGGAUAUGACUGAGGCAGAAGAAAAAGGCAACCAAGCUCUGGACCAAUUCAAUCUAGCAAGCUUUGGAGAAGGUGACAGGAGAGUCUCUCCACCUCCCUCACCCUUCUUCUCGGCCAUUCUGGCCGCCUUUCAGCCUGCGGCCUGUGACGAUGCCGAGGAAGCCUGGCGCAGCCACAUCAAUCAGCUCAUGUGCGACUCUGAUGGCUCCUGUGCUGUGUACACAUUUCACGUGUUCUCCUCCUUGUUUAAGAAUAUUCAGAAAAGGUUCUGCUUCCUGACUUGUGAUGCAGCCAGUUACCUUGGAGACAACCUCCGGGGGAUCGGGUCCAAGUUCGUCAGCUCCUCCCAGAUGCUCACCUCCUGCUCCGAGUGUCCCACCCUUUUUGUGGAUGCUGAGACCCUCCUUUCUUGUGGACUUCUGGACAAGCUCAAGUUCAGUGUUUUAGAACUGCAAGAAUAUCUGGACACAUACAACAACAGAAAAGAGGCCACUCUCUCAUGGCUGGCAAACUGUAAGGCAACAUUUGCUGGGGGAUCAAGAGAUGGAGUAAUUACCUGUCAGCCAGGAGAUUCAGAAGAAAAGCAAAUGGAAUCUCUGGCACAACUGGAGCUGUGUCAGAGGCUAUACAAGCUGCACUUCCAGCUGCUGUUGCUCUUCCAGUCCUACUGCAAGCUCAUUGGCCAGGUGCACGAAGCCAGCUCCAUGCCCGAGCACCAGGACAAGGGUGAGGCAAGCGACAGGCUAGGCACAAAACUGAAGAACUCCAGGCUGCUAAAUAUGUCCAGGGAACUGAGUGACUUAAAGAAAAAUCUGAAGGAGGCCACUACAGCCAUUGCAGCUGACCCUCUUUAUAUAGAGGGUUCAUGGUCUGAGCCAGCCUUCACAUCAACCGAAGCAGCCAUCCAGUCCAUGCUGGAUUGCCUGAAGAACAACGAACUUAGCAAGGCUUUACGUCAAAUCAGGGAAUGCAGAAGUCUGUGGCCCAAUGACAUCUUUGGAAGCAGUUCUGAUGAUGAGAUCCAGACACUACUGAAUAUUUAUUUUCGUCAUCAAACUCUGGGACAAACGGGUACUUACGCAUUGGUGGGGUCUAACCAGAGCCUGACCGAAAUUUGCACCAAGCUGAUGGAGCUGAACAUGGAAAUUCGAGACAUGAUUCGCAGGGCCCAGAGUUACCGAGUACUUACUGCCUUUCUUCCAGACUCCAGUGUUUCUGGCACUAGUCUCUGACACGAGCCCCCCGUCACCCAUGGGUUCAAAGAUGUGGGUGCUGCCAUGCCGGGGUGACGUCAUUCAGUAUAUUUUCAGCCUUCAGAAGGCUUGGUCAGACUGUUCUCCCUCUUGUUACCUGUUGGACUUUUUCUACAAGGGAUGACAGAACCUCCAACAUGUAGCAAUACUAAGAACCAAGGUAGCAUAGAACAUUUUGGGACAGGCUCCAUCUGUCCUGCUCUGUGUCACAAAUGGUAUCAUUUUACUGAGCAAAUGCAACUCACUACUGAACAAGUAACUUCCAUUGCAUACCAAAGCCGACUACCCUGAACAAUAUGUUCCUUUAAAUUGGCAAAAGUGCAAUGUUUUCCUCACUAAAAAUGUUUUUAUUAUAAAACUUGUACAUUCUUUCCCUUUAUUUUUCCUUCCGUGUGUGUGUGUGUGUGUGUGUGUGUGUGAAUGGAGGAAAGGACAGGCAGAAUGAAGCUGGCCAUUGAAAACUAAAAGACUAUCAAAAGCUGACAGCCUGUAUAUGUGAAAAGGGAAUUGUAAAUGGCAAUUUAAUGUACACUGUAAUUUGAAUACAAUUACUGUACCUAAAAGGAGCUACUACAAAGUACCUUUCUUAUGUUGCUAGACUACUGUUUGUUUCUUAAAGCCCUGGAUCUCUUUUCAGGGGUCUGUGAUUAGGACCUUAUUACAAAAUGGUCCAGAUAGACCUUUUUUUAAGGAUCUUGGCUGCUUUUUACUAGAAGGUUGCUUUUAUGAGCAAUUUAUACUACAGAAGGAUGAGUGUUAAUUUUAAACAACUUUGCCAUUUUGUAGAAAAGAGUUAAAGAUAUUCACGUUAUAAAUUCCAAGUCUUUUCACCUGUCAUGCAUGUGUAUUUUAAUAUGCACUUUGAUAGUCAGAAGUAGAAUCCUAAAGGCAAAAUAUGGGUUGUCACUUUGUUUCUUAAGAAAUGUCAUACUUUAUUUGUAAUAUUUAUCUAAAGAUCUUUCUUAAGUUUUUUCCUUAAAUUUAAUGCUGUCAAGUGUUCAGUGUUUGCAUGUAAACCUGUUGCACAUCAGAAACAUAUUCAAAGUUUAUGUAACUUAUUCACUCUGUAAAUACAUUUAAAGUUUUUGCGAUGUAAUCUUGAUUGAUAUACUGUUCAUAACUUCUUUAAACUAAAAAAAAAAGACAAAAUAUGUAUUGCCCAUGGACUUUACUUCUGGUUAA